AUGAUCCCUUCAGGCGCUUCAGCAGCGGUCCUAAAGCCUUCAGAUCCUAUUCCAAACGAUGCUGUACCAAUAGAGGGGCCCAGUUUUGACACACCGAUCUCAUUCCAGGAUUUUGUUGGAAGCUAUGAACGUAUAGGUUUCCAGGCCAGCAGUUUCGCGACUGCAGUCAAUAUCGUUAACAAAAUGAGAAAAUGGCGUCUCUCUGACGAACCGAUCUCACCAGACGAAUCGGAUGAUUACCUAGACCCCCAAGUUCGCGCUAAUACGCGGUGCAACAUCUUCCUAGGCUACACCUCCAACCUCGUAUCCUCUGGUCUCCGGGAAAUCAUCCUAUACCUUGCCAAACAUCGGAUGAUCUCUGCAAUUGUGACGACCGCUGGCGGUAUUGAGGAAGACUUUAUCAAAUGCCUGGGCAAGACAUACCUCGCCGACUUCAACCUCGACGGUGCAGCCUUGCGGAAACAAGGAAUGAAUCGCAUUGGCAACCUCAUCGUUCCCAACGACAACUAUUGCAAGUUCGAAGAUUGGCUAACUCCCCUACUCGACCAAAUGCUUCUCGAACAGAAGGAGAAUGGAACUAUCUGGUCACCUAGUUCCUUCAUCCGUCGACUGGGAAAAGAAAUCAACAACGAAGAGUCUAUCUACUAUUGGGCCUACAAAAACGAUAUCCCAGUCUUCUGUCCCGCUUUGACGGACGGUUCGAUUGGUGACAUGAUUUACUUCCACUCCUUCAAAAACCCUGGUUUCGUUCUGGACAUCGUUCAGGAUAUCCGAAAUCUGAAUGAACUCGCUCGCAAGUCGCGGAAAGCCGGGAUGAUUAUCCUCGGGGGAGGAGUUUGCAAGCAUCAAAUCGCGAACGCAAUGUUAAUCCGAAAUGGUGCUGACUAUGCAGUCUACAUUAACACUGGCCAGGAAUUUGACGGCUCAGACUCUGGCGCCCGCCCUGAUGAAGCCGUCUCGUGGGGGAAAAUUAGAGCAGGGGCAGAGUCUGUCAAGAUCUACGCAGAUGCGACCUUGGUUUUCCCUAUGCUUGUGGCAGCAACAUUCGCAGAAGGAACCAUAAAAGCAUAA